AUGAAAUUUGAUUAUUUUGAAUAUUUAAAAAUCUAUAUAUUUCGUUUGGAAUAUUCAUUGGAUGAUUAUGAACGGCGACAAAUUCCACGAUCGUAUCAAACAUUUCGUACAACCAUAUGGAUUACAUUGAAUUCAUGGAUUAAUAUAUUUUUCACAUUUCAUCUGGCUCAAUAUCCAAGCUAUUUUAUUUUGAAAAUAUUGAAAUCAUUCGAACAAUUAUUUCAUUUUGAACGUGUUGAUUUAUUAUUUCAAUUUCAAAUAUCAAUAUUUCUUAUACUUGAAUAUUUAUGUUUUGGUUUUUUUCAAAAAAUUCUUCAUUAUAAUUUCCCGACUAAUAAUGUUAUACGUAAAUAUUGUUAUUAUUUUAAUGAUAAUCAAUUAAAAAUAAGUCGAAAUAGCCGAAGAUGCUAA